AUGGCACCCGCUUGGACGCAUCUCAUUCGUUUCGUGGCCGUUGAGGAUGGUCACGUCCAUCUUGGCCAGUUGGAGGAUUGCUCGAUAGAUGCCGGAAUUGCCUCCUUCGAAGGCAAGAAAAUUCGGGCUCGUAUCAUAUUGGGUUCCAUCUUUGACGGUGUGGUGACGGACAAGAUCUUGACCGUAUCUCAGCUCCUGUCGCCAAUCUCUAUGAGAGAAGUACCCAUCAUCCGAUGCAUGGGACUCAACUAUCACGAUCAUGCCAAAGAGGCCAACAUGCCCGUGCCGUCACACCCUGUCCUGUUCAUCAAGCCACGGACCGCACUUUCUGGGCCCUAUCCUCAAAGCAUCUCGAUUCCUCGUUUUGUGCAAGAUGAGACGACAGAUUAUGAGGCCGAGCUAGUCGUCAUUAUUGGGAAGGAAGGGAGAGACAUUCUUGAAUCCAGUGCUAUGGACUACGUCUUGGGGUACACGGCCGGGAAUGACGUGAGCGCAAGGACAGAACAGUUCCGCAAUAGCCAGUGGUCAUUCUCAAAAGGACUAGAUAAGUCAGCCCCGUUGGGACCUAUCCUGGUUUCCAAGGGCGGGUUGGAAGAUCCGCAAAAUCUAGCCAUCGAGGCGACGUUGAAUGGCGAAACAGUUCAAAAGUCGCACACAAGAGAAAUGAUUUUCAGCGUGGCGAAAACAAUCGCCUUUCUUUCUCAGGGCACGACCCUCGAGCAAGGAACUGUCAUCAUGAUGGGCACUCCUCCAGGAAUUGGAGCAAUGAGAACUCCAAAAAUAUGGUUGAAGGAUGGCGACGACAUGCGCGUGUAUAUCGAUGGAAUCGGUUUGUUGGAGAAUUCAACAUGA